AUGAAAGGGGAAUUGAAAUAUCUCAAGGACAACGACAUGCCUAUCAGGGCAGCAUCUAGAAAAUGGGGCAUCCCAACAACCACACUCUCCAAAUGGUUGGGUGGUCUCAUAACCACCUCCAAGAAAGGUCCUCCAACAAUCCUCAUGUGUUAUGAAGAGGACCUGAUAGUUGAAUGGUGCAAGGAGAUGGCAUCAGUUGGACAUGGACUACAAAUUGCCAAUUUGAAGGUAGAGGUCACUCAAAUUGGCCAAAGUAGACCCAACCCUUUCACGAAUGGGCUUCUCGGUAAGUCUUGGUGGUUAGGUUUUAAGUGCAGACAUCCAAAACUCACUUUGCAUACUACUGAAGGUCUUCACAAAGACGAGGCACUUAACCUUAGACUUGCUAUUGUCUUUUCUUUCUAUGAGAUACUCUUGAAAGCGUAUUCUACAAAUCCAUAUGGUUCUGCUCAUUUAUGGAAUUAUGAUGAAACAGGCAUCCAAGCAGGCAAAAAUGGGGCCAUGGGGGUUUUGGAUAGAAGAGGAAGUAUGAGUGUAUCCUACAUCAUUCCCAAGAAAUUAGAAUGGAACACCAUUCUAUGUUGUGUUAAUUCUCUUGGAAAAAGCAUACCAGGAUUCUACUUGUUUAAGGGGAAGCCACAGUUACAAAAUUAUAUAUCUAAGUGUGACUUGAUGCUUGCAUGGUAG